CGUAGUGUUACGAAGUCACGCAACUGGAGAAUAUAUAUUUCUAGCCAAAAUUUCAAAAAUGGGCACGAAGACGACUUCUUGGGUGCAUGAGCUCUGUCAUUUUCCAGAAGUUUACUUUAUAUUCUUUUAAUUCACCUUGGUCUUGUGUGCACAGCUGUAUACUGAAAAAAUUGGCCUCAAAAUAACAAAGUUUCACAGCUGGUAUUAAAUUGUUAUGUAAGCCGUAUUUAUAGAACGGAAAACUGAUGUGUCGACGCUAAUUCCUCGUCUAGCGAAGGUGUAGAUUGAACAGAUAUGACGGACAGAUCUUUGGGUAUCGUUGUUGUUGGAUUGGGAAUCGCUGGAAAAGUCAGAGUGAGAGAUUUGAAGCAGAAAGUCCUCGGAGACACUGUUGUUCUUCGUGGGGUGAUAUCGAGGAGGCAAGUCGAAGAUGAUCUCCCUGUUCUACAUUGGGACGAAGCCUUGACAAGAGAUGAUGUGGAUGCCUUUAUCAUUUGCACAGAAAAUGACACCCACGAAGAAUAUGCCAGAAAAAUCCUAGAACAUGGAAAGCAUGUUUUGGUGGAUUUCCCUCUAUCCUUGACUGCAGAGAGUGGUAAAAAGAUCUUUGAUUUAGCUGAAAGUAAAGGUUUGACCUGUCAUGUUGAAGAUAUAGCUCUUCUUCUUGAUUCCCACAUGGAUAUGAAGCAGACUAUUCAAAACAAAACUGCUCCACUCAUUGAGGGCUCCAUUCGCCUGGAUGCCAGAUUUACCAAGGAAUGGAUUGCUGACAUAAACCGUGCUGGGUUUCCAAGUUUUUCUGGAAUUUCACAAUUGGAAAUUUUGUAUGACUUGUUUGGUGAGCUAUCAUUACAAGAAGCUCACUUUGUGCACGAACCUGAUCUCCAUUUGCUUACUUGUAAAUUGCACACCUCAGAUAAUAGGCCAAUAACUUGGACAACUGAGCGAGUACAAGGUGGAAAACCAAGGCAAGCAUCCCAGGAGUAUAAAUUUGAAGAUGGUAGUACUGUGACACCAGCACCUGUUUCCAAACCCCCUGGCCCCCCACCCCCUGGACACAAGGGAUUGUUUGCAAGGGAUGUGGAGAUAUUUCUUUCUGAAAUACGAGGGGAGCGUAGCUCUGAUGAAAUAGCUCAAGAUAAGAAACGAGUGCUUUACUGCCUUGAAUUGGCAGAAAAGAUUGAGAAAAUGGCUAAAACUGGAACUUCGUGUUCCUAGUACACAACUCUAAAUCCUGAUAGAAUAAAGUGUUUGAUCUCUCGAGGCAUUUUUGAAAAUACACUUAGCCCCAAAAUAGGGGAUAUCAGUGUAAAUAUUUUCUAAAGAACUUCUAAUAAGUCCUGAGUAUUACUAAAAUAAAAUUUAACGUCUCUUUUUAUGGAGAAAUCUGUUGGUAUGUUUUUUGUGAGUGUGUUACUUUUGUGGGGCGCAUAAAAUUUGUUUUAAAAGGAAUUGCAUAUUUCAACGCGUUCUCUUUAAUUUGCUGGGCAAGAAAAUUUGCAGUGUUCCUUAUUUCGUUAAAAGCAUUCGUUAGAAGGGUUCACGGUCUUUUCGAUACAAAGAUUCGUUUGCUAUAUGUAGUGUUGUAUUCUGUAUCGAAACAACGUGGAGUAACGAAGUAAGAGACUAAAUUGGAUUUUGUCGUGAAAUUUUAUGAA